UGUAAUACUUUGCGUUCAGCGCUUGCGUAUUUUGUGUAUACUUAUGCUUCGACUAGGAAACUCCAGUAUAGUCGCUUUUUGAUUGGCCUGCUCCCCUCAGAAUUAUUUUUGAUUGGCCUGCACCCCUCAGAAGCUAUUUUUGAUUGGCUUGGUUUCUUAAGCUAAUCAAAACAGGUUCUGAGGGGUGCUGACCCAAUCAGAAAGAUCUCUGAAGGGUGCAAGCCAAUCACGCAAAAAUCAGAAAAAAGGUUUUUCACUAAGCUUUUUGUUAACUCGUAGGUUAAGUGUUCUAAACAUGGCGGAUUCAAUGCUUCGAAUCAUUUUAAAAUGUAUUUUAGAUGAAAAUAGGGUUCAAUCAGAAAAGGAAUCGUUUUUAUCUAAUGUUAUUGUCGAAGCUCAUAACAAGAUUAGAGAAAUAUUUUUGUUUAAUGAAAAAUCUAAAGUAAGUAUAUUGAAUAAAAUAUGCAAAGUUUCAAGUAAGCAGUAUCCCGUAUCUCAAUCAUUUCGAGCAGAAAGUGAUUUUCAACCAGUGAGAACUUCUCCAAACGGAAACUGUUUAUUUAAUGCUUGUUCUAUAUCAUUGAUUGGCAACGAAUCUUUGUCAGAAUACCUUAGAUGCCUGACCAGUAUCGAAUUAUAUACAAAUGUAGGUUUUUAUUUAAACCAUCCAAUUAUUUUUUCUCAAACUGAUGUUACCAAAUCUCGAAAAAUUGAUGAAAACACAGCUUUUUCUAAAAAAGACCUCUAAUAUAUUUAUAAACAAAGAUCACUUUGUUCCUUUAAUAUCUUUAAAAUGUAUUCCUAAAAAAUACCAAGCUCCUAAAAUAUUUGCACCUAAAGUAGUAAAAUUACCUGAAAUUAAUCAACUUACUUCUUCGAAAUCUAGUAUCCUGUUUCCUGAUUCUACUCAGGAAACAGAUAUUUUAGAUUCAGUUAAAAUUCUUUCAACUUUUAAAAAAAUAAAACAACUCACAAUUGAUCAAUUUGCUAUUAAGUCACCUUUUCCUACAGACAAAAAAAUUUGUGUUAUAUCUUCGCCAAUCAAAUUAAAAAGUUCUACCACAUUAUCGAUUGCAGAAUGUUCUUCAAAAUAUAUACACUCACCGAUUAAGGCAAAUUUAAACUCUAAAAGUAGUUCUUCUGCUUUUGGAAAUAAAUGUGAACUAUCUUUUGUAAACAAAUACGAUAUCGGGCUCUAUGAAACUUAUGGAACUAAUAAACUAGGCAAUGAAGAUAAGUAUGAUUUACUAAAAAACGUUUAUAAACCAAGCUCUAGUUUUCAUUUUGAAUCCAAUAAAUCAGGUCGUUCCUUUCAAUUCUCUUGGCUCUCAUUAUACUCUUGGCUUGCAUAUUCAGAAAUUAAAAAAGAUGCUUAUUGUGUUAAUUGUGUUAUUUUUGGAUCUGAAGAAUCAAGUCAUAAUGCAAGUAAACUUGUUCAGCUUUAUAAAUCUCCAUUUGUGGCAUAUUCAAAUGCCAUUAAUAAGUUUAAUAAACAUGCUGAAAGUUCACCAAUUCACCAAACUGCAACUCUAAAGGCAACUCAUUUUCGCCAAUGUAUGGAGCAAAAGAUAAAUUUUAUUGACUUAAAUCUCAAGAAAGUAAUUGAUGAACAAGUCAAGAAAAAUAGAGAAAUAUUAAAAUCAAUAGUUCUGGCAAUUAUUAUGUGUGGAAAACAAAACAUACCUCUCCGAGGUCACAGAGAUGAUUCAUUUUACUAUGAGAAUGAAAAUAGUAACUCUGGCAAUCUUCAAUCAAUUUUGAAAUUAAUAUCUGAUUGUGCAGAAAACAGUUUGGUGAAUGGGCGAAUUUCUACUCCAAAAAAUGCUACAUAUCGCUCUAAAACUACUCAAAAUGAGUUGGUUAAUAUUUGUAAUGACAUAAUAAAUUCUAAAUUGAAAUGUGAAGUUAAAAAGGCUAAAUUUUUUUCAAUAUUAGCAGAUGAAGCAUCUGAUGUGAGCAAUAUGGAACAAAUGCCACUUGUAUUACGCUUUGUAAAUGAUAAUUGUGAAAUUUGUGAACUACUUUUUGGUUUUAUUCCUUGCGACUCAGGCUUGUCUGGAGAAGCUAUAGGCAGCCAAAUUUUGAAUAGUAUUAAAGAUUUGGGAUUAGAAAUGAAAUUUUGUGUUGGUCAAGGUUAUGACGGUGCUGGUAACAUGGCUGGGAAUUGUUCCGGUGCUGCAGUACGAAUAAAAGCUAUAUAUCCAAAAGCAUUAUAUGUUCAUUGUGGAUCUCAUGUCCUCAAUCUUUGUGUUGCAAAUGCCUGUAACAUACAGAUAGUUAGCAAUAUGAUGUCAAAUGUUCGUGUUAUAUCUCAGUUCUUUAAUUUUAGUCCAAAGCGUUUUGAUGUUCUGAAAAAAAAAAUUUUAAGAAAUGUUUCCAAAAGCUCAUCACUCUCGUUUAAUAGAUGUAUGUCGUACAAGAUGGAUUGCCAGAAUUGAU